GUGAGAAAUUAUGGUCAAAAUUCCGAGUGGCAGAUACGAAGCCAAGAAAUGCCUCCUUUGCUCGAAUUGAAGUCAGCGGACGCCUGCAUGUACUGCGGCCUGGAGGGGGGCGAGGACCCGCCGCGCAAGAUGUGCCACUGCCCCAGCAAGGCGCACCGCGCCUGCCUCCAGCUGGAGCUGAUGGGCAGCCAGACGGACAGCUGCGAGCUGUGCGGCUUCGAGUUCGCCGUGCAGCGCACCCCGCGCAGCGGUCUGGCGCGGGCCGCGCGCCACUGGCUCGGCAACCAUGCCGGCGGCGGCCAGCUGAUGCUGUUCGUGCUGUGGGCGCUGGUGGUGACGCCCGCCGCCGUGCUGUCGGGCUACUUCGUGCGCCAGUCCGUGGUCUACUACCACCAGGCGCUCGCCAUCCGCCGCAUCAACCAGUUCUGGUGGCACGCCGUGCGGGAGCCCUCGCUCGCCAACCGCCUGAUGAUCGCGUCGCUGCUCGUGCUGCUCUGCUACGGCGCCUGCCUCGCGGCGCUGCUCGCCUACAACACGUGGCGCUUCCUGGCGUGGCGCCGCCGCACCAGCCACGUCAGCGUCGUGGACCCGCCGGCGCCCGCGCCGCCCGUCGACCCCUGCGCGUGCGUCUGCCCGUAGCCCGCCGCGCAGCUCCCCGGCGCUCCCCGGCGCUCCCCACCACUCCUCGUCGCUCCCCACUGCUCCUCGCCCCUCCACAACCCCUCCUUCCCGCUCCUCGGCGCUCCUCACUGCUCCUCGCCCCUCCUCAACCACCUCCUCACCGCUCCCCCCACUCCUCACCGCUCCCCACCCCUCCUCAUCGCUCCCCACCCCUCCUCCCCGCGGCGCUCCACACCGCUCCACACCGUUCCCCACCGCUCCUCAUCGCUCCCCAACUCUCCUCAUCGCUCCCCACCACUACUCAUCGCUCCCCACCGCUCCCCACUGCUCCUCGCCCCUCCUCAACCCCUCCUCAUCGCUCUUCGGCACUCCUCACCCGUCUUCGCCCUCCUUCCCGUGACAUCUACAGCACCGGCAACCAGACAAGCAGACCUCACGCCGAGACUAUCCCCUUUUCUAGCACUUCAGAUGAGUGUUUCCAUCGCAGCUGUGUAUUCAUUAUUCAUGAGUAAACAAAAAACAAGCACAGUUGUUCUUCUGCAACAUAGAUACGUUUUUUUUUUUUGCCAAUUUGAGUCAACGAUGCUAUAAGAUAUUUCACCUGUGUAAUAAUUUUAUGUUGUAAAUCAUUAAAUUGAGUUGGACCGAAAAAAAAUCUA